AUGUCCCAACCACCGCACGAGCCCGACAACAUGCCUGACGUAGGCAUCAAGCGCUUGCAGUCUGACUGCGAAGCCGGAAGCCUUGACCCAAAGAUCAAGAUUGAGCCUGACGUCAAGCGGCAAAAGCUCGAUGUUGAAAUCACGGCUCAAGUGAAGCAGCCACUAAACAUUGUCAACAUUGACCCAAGAGGCGAUCUCACAAUCAAUCUCAGGUCCGAGGAUGUUGGAUUCAAAGUCGAUUCAAACACACUGAAGAGGACAGCGCCAAUCCUCUACCAAAAGUGUCUGGCGGUCCGUCCUGUCGACUGUUCCGCUUGGACCUUAGAAUUGAGGACUACCACUAUAGAGGCGGCAGAAGUCUUCUUCAAUGUCAUCCACGGCAAUGUGGACCGGGUUCCUGAGUGUAUGGAUGCAACCAUGGUCUACGAAAUCCUCGAUUUCACAAUACACUACGGGAUGAGGGACCGGUUCUUAAGCUCGCUAAAGCGUUGGUUCCAUGCAAUUACCAUUACCGGGAGCUCGAAGGAACGAGAGCGUCUGAAUUGCUGCCGACUUUGGAUUGCAAGAGGACUCGGGCUGAACGACCCGUUCAACAAUCUUCAACAAUGGGCUGUUUUCAAUUUGAAAGCUGAUGACAAUGGUAUGGUUGGCGUUGACGGAGAAUCCAGAGGAUUCUACAACUUAUCGCGGUUUACGCUUUGUGACAGAGUCGUCUCGGAUCGAAUCAAUCAGCUCCGGUCUGAAGCCAUCACUCUCAUCCUGAAGAAUCUGAAGGAAGCUCAGAUAGCGCUUGUCCCUUUUGGCGCAUUUGGAAGAGACGGACGUAUCCACUUCAAGUUUGGUGGUUACGGCUGUCAGAACUGUUUGGACCUAUGGUUCUUGUGCCUAGGAAAGAGCUUGAUAAGACCCAAAUGGCUGAACUCAUCGACUUGGCAAGGCUUCCCUAGCCUUUUCUCCGUCAUUGAGGCCAAGCAGUACCACCGCACUUUGGAGGAGCUCUGCGCCUUCAUCGAAGCAGUUCAGAAGAAAAUUGACUGUUUCAAGGCGUGUGAUCGCAUGGGCAUUGAAGCUUGCCUUCCUCCUAGGCUGCUCGGCCGGGAUACUGUUCAAAAUCUCGACAGAGUGGAACUCGAUGGAAGGCCCUGGCGGACAUUGUACGCAGAGAACAUGAGCUGGCAUAUUCAGCUAAUUGUAGAGGUUGAUAACACACAGCUCAACUUCCCUGAAUCAGGAGGUAUGUCAGCUGGGUUAGGUGCGACCUUCGAGGCCCUCAACUCUGUUAAGGUGAAUUCAACUCUGUUAAGACGCUUCGACAAGAUGGACACCUCCCCGCCAAAGAAGAAGGCCAAGUUAGAGGACGACAGGGUGACCACAGGCCUAGAUACCAAGAACAAUCCCAUCCACAUCGACCCCAACGGAAAUCUCAAGCUCAUCGUCGGCCCAGCAGCCGUGCCGAUGCACGUCGACGCCAAUGCGCUCCGACGCUCCUCAAAAGUCUUUGACCGCAUGCUGUUCGGCGAUUUCAGCGAGUCAUAUCAGACGGACGGUUGGGCUGUCGAGCUCCCCGAAGACGACCCGGAGGCACUCCGAGUCAUUUUCCAUGCUGCGCAUGCCAACUUCAGAGAUCUGCCACCGACGUUGAGCCUCUCGCAGCUUUACUACAUAACGGUGAUGGCGGACAAGUACGGCAUGAUUGGCACUCUUCAGCCUUGGAUGGCGAAUUGGACGUCAGCGGAGACGCAUCCUGAGCUAUGGACUUCUGAAGAUGAGAACGAGACGAGCCGCGAGGACCUUCAGCGGCUCUGCGUACUUUACUAUCAGGGACUGCCUCAGCAAUUCUACGAGAUCCUCUUGAGAGUGUUGAUCAAGACAAAGUCCAAUUCGAGCUGCAAGCUGUUGUACAGUGCAGGCUUCGCUGGCGAUGGGAAGGGCUCCAGCUCAGAUUCACACGAGUGGGCCGAUUUCACUCUGUUGCCGUUCGGUCUUCUUAGCCUGGAUACUGUGUUCAAGUCGUGCACAGAGAAGGACAGCGGUCCUAGUCUCAAUCGUCGCUGCCGUGCGACAGCGCUGGGACUUAUGAUCCAGCACCUUGUUCAGAAGAAGCUGUGGCCUAUUCCUCUCGACAGUGAGGUUUGCCUCUCCGUCGCUCAACUGUCUCAUAUUGCCAAUGAUGUCAGAUCGCAACUGCAAAGCAGCAUCGUCCAGGAUUGCAAGUGCAUCUCCGGCAUCAGAGGGCUCAGUCCUUGCGACCUUACACUGCCUUUGGUCUUCAAUGGCCCGUGGCGGCAGAUGGUGGAGAAAGCCAUUCCCACUCGGUUUGAUCUUCACUUCGCGGAAUUGGCAGAGAAUGGUAUUGGACCCAUGAAACAUCAGAACGCUUAG